AAAAGAGAGACCAAAUAAGUUAUGAAUAAAUUUAGAGGGACCAAUAUUGGACAAAAUGAAAGGACCACACCCAUUAACGCCUUAACGGUGGUGGGUUCAGUAAGUGGAGACUUGAGAGGGAGUUCAAUGUUUGCAAGGAAGGCCGGAAAACUGGUUCCCAGAACUGGAAGGCGAACUUUCACAAUGGAUACACCUGUCCCUGCGUCCUUGCCAUGCUUUGACGAUUGGGAUCGUCCUUUCACCGAUCUCGAACUCCUAGAAAUCGAAGCCGCAAUUCAAUCCGCGGCCGCGAAGCACCGCAGUUCGGACAAGUCCUCCGAUGCGGAAAAUGUUGCCAACGGGGACGAAACCGUCACCCGGACCCGUUGUCGAAGGCUACCCGACUCACUCUUUUCAAAUCCGUUUUCCUUGUCUCCUUGCCGCAGAAGUGUGUUUAAGCGUAGAUCGAAGAUGCUGCCAGAAUUAGCAUUCAGAGGCCGUGUUGUAUAUUGCAGAACUGAGGCUGAGGCCGAGAAGUCUGCAGAUGAGCUUUUGAAUUUUAUUGAAACCAAAAGAAAGGCACAAGGGGAAGUUUCUCUUGGACUUGAUCUUGAAUGGAAACCCAGUUUUAGAAGAGGUGUUGCUCCUGGUAAAGCAGCUGUUUUGCAAAUAUGUGGGGAGAUGAACCAAUGCUAUGUUUUUCAUAUAUGCCAUUCUGGAAUCCCUCAAAAUCUGCAGACACUUCUCCAGAGUACCACUACGGUUAAGGUGGGAUCAAAUAUUGCAAAUGAUGCUCGCAAGAUUUUUCUGGAUCAUAAUGUAUCUAUUAGGAAUUUGGAAGACUUAUCUGCACUAGCCAAUCAAAAGUUGGACGGAGCUCCCAAAAAUUGGGGCCUAGCUUCAUUGACAGAAUCACUUCUUUGCAAACAGCUCCCUAAGCCAAGCAAUCUAAGAUUGGGAAAUUGGGACACUCCGGUUUUAUCCAAAGAGCACCUAAGUUAUGCUGCUACAGAUGCUUUUGUUUCAUGGCACCUAUAUCAGGUGUUGAAGAGCCUACCUGAUGCUCCAAUGCCAAAGCACAUGGACAGGGAGUAAGUUAUGAUCGUCAACCAUCUUGGUUUAGUGCCAUCAUUGUAAGCCAAAUGUCAUAGCCACUGUUUUACUUACACAGAGAUACAAAUAACCUGAUCAACUGCCAAUGAGGCACUCAUAGAGUCAUAGGGGUGUUACCAGCUUCUUGAACUCUCCCGCCCACAUUACCAACUUAUUUUUUGGUGAUUCUUCUGUGCGUUCCUUUGGUUCUUCUCAAGUUUCUCUUGGAAUUAAUAUUCGUGUUGUAAAAGACUAUCAUCAGAAGCCUUGUGUGUGUGCGCGUGUCCUGUCCUUUAUCAUGCUACGGGUCACAUUUUGUCAGCUCAAAAACAGUCUCUCCAUUCAUUAGUCCUUAUAUUCGAGUUGAGAUCUGUCUGCUUACAGCCCCCCCCCCCACCCCAAACCCUACUCUCGAGUGGGAUAUACUUGAUGAUGUGUUUGGUUUGGCCUUGUUUGAGGUUCAUUUAAGGAGUUGGGCUUGGUUUGGUACAGAAAAAUUUCCAGUUGCCAAAAGGAAAAAAAAAAGCUUAAUUGCAAGUGCAGGAGUAUUCUUGGCAUGAGCUUUUUUGUCCCUAACGUGAAGUCAUUGGGAGGAGUCUAAUUUGAUAGUGGAGGCACCCCCAGAAUGGCAAAUUGAUGAUCUUAAGCAGUAGAGCUACAGAAGAUUGGUCACUCGUGAUUGUUGUUUUUUACUUGUCAUCAUGAAUUAAACAUUGCUGUAUUCGUUUAUUUUUUUAUUACUGUAUUUUUCAAUUGCUCUAAUUAUAGAUGUUUCUUGAAGACGGAGUAAUUUGAUACUGCUAUGUAUUUUAUUGGAAUUUUAGUGUUUCAAGGAGGAUACAGUAUAAUGUUUACUCUGUACUUUCUAAUUAUUUCAUUCUUUAACUUAUGUAAAAUUUAAGAAAAAGUAUUUAAUAGU